GAAGGAAUUAACGUGGUUGGGAAAUUCACUGUCUCUGAUCUAUUUCGGGAAUAUCAGGUGAAGUUAGAGUGUAAUGGCCUCAAGUCGUAGUUACAACUUCGGAGCAAGGCCUCAGGCAAGCAGCCAGUCGGAAGAACUGCCGAGUAAUCACCGAGCGGCUGGGGAAAUCACGUUUCAAGUGGACGAUACCACAAAAAGUCCAGUGCGAUUACUCUCGCAGAAAAGCCGGGAUUCUGACUGGGAAAACAUCAUUGACCAACAAGAACGCCUUUGUGAGGACUCGACUGAAGUGUUUGAAAAGGAACACGGUCAAUUUGAAAACGGACACGCCCAACUGGAAACUGUUAAAGAGGGCGCCACAAUGUCUGAAGGGGCUGUUGAUGGAACAAAUGUGGAUGAUGGGAGCAAUUCUCAAGCCAUUGUAACGGAGGAAAUUGUUACCCCACAGAAAGCAGAAAAACCUGAAUCAGAAAUUCAUUUUCCCGAGCCUGAUUCACAAAACGAGCAAAACACAUCAGGAGAUAGUGAGAGCCUCCCAAGUGCUGAGAAAGAUGCUUUGAAACGAUUGUCUGAUGUGAUUGAUAACCAGGAGAGUGAAUUAACCAUUGAUAAAUUGGAUUUAACCAUUGAUAUUGGCACAGCCCAGACUGACCGUGUCGAAAAAACCAUUGAGAGCCCCAAGGAGCGUGCCAGCUUAACAACACCCCCUGUUUCUCCACCAAAAGAGUCACCCACUCAAAAGCCGGUUGAUGAAUCUUUCGAAGAACGUGCCAUUGAUGUUCCAAUUGAAGCAAUAACCCAGAUAACCAAUCAGCCUGCACCCCUAGCCGAGCGAGAGAAGACCCCUGAAACAAUUACUGAAAACGAGGUGUACUCGCCAUCUGUUGAUCAUUCAUCAUCUGAUAUUGUGUUCCCUGAUACCCCUGAGCUGCGUUACAAGGCCACUAAUCCUACGAGUCCAAUCCGAGUUUCAGAUAGUGUCCGUCCCAUGAGUAUGGCCAGCCCCACUUCAACUUCCACUCCCAGUAACAAGUACAACUACCAGUUAUCACCAGAACAAACCCCCAUGAAGAGUCAACCCCAACCUGGCACCAGCCGUUCCCUACCUCGCUCUGGACCCCAGUCCCCAAUGUCCCUGGAGAGCUUUGAUAGCGCAAUAGCUCGUUCUCACCGAAGCUCUGUCGAUUCUGGCCACAGCUCAGAUCCUAGCCGCCAUCAUGGCCAUUUUGUGAUCGUUGCCAUUGAUUUCGGUACAACAUACAGCGGAUAUGCAUUCAGUUUCACACGCGACCCAGAGUCAAUUCACAUGAUGAGAAAAUGGGAGGGUGGCGAUCCUGGGGUCAUAAACCAGAAGACCCCCACAUCACUGCUGCUUGACCCCCAAGGGAAGUUUCACUCAUUUGGAUUUUCGGCACGAGAUUUCUUUCAUGACCUUGAUCCUGGAGAGGCAAGAAAAUGGAUGUACUUUGAAAAGUUCAAGAUGGCACUCCAUUAUAAUGCAGACUUAAACACAGAAACUACUAUAAAAGCCAGCAAUGGAAAACUUGUCCCAGCUCUCACAAUAUUCUCGUAUGCCUUGAGGUUCUUCAGAGAGCAUGCUCUGCAAGAGCUAUCUGACCAAUCAAGUACCAAGAUUCUCAAUGAAGAUGUACGCUGGGUAAUUACUGUCCCUGCAAUAUGGAAGGCAGAGGCCAAGCAGUUCAUGAGAGAGGCAGCUUAUAAGGCUGGUAUAGGGUCCAAGGAUUUCCCAGAUCAGCUCCUGAUUGCCCUUGAACCCGAAGCUGCAUCCAUCUACUGUAGACGUCUUAAAAUGCACCAGCUUGUCCCAGAGGGCACUUUGAAGCGCCCUCUAUCUUCAAAAGAAGAAAGCCCAGAGCCAAUGAAUAUGGACCAAAUAUCAGAUGAUUUUUACCAAGAGUCUCACUCGCCUUAUAUAAGCCCAAAGUAUCCGAUUCCUAGUACUGCGCCUACAGUUGAUGCUGCCGUCGUAGGUAUGCGUUAUAUGGUAGUUGACUGUGGAGGUGGCACUGUAGAUAUAACAGUCCAUGAACUGGACUUUAACACCAAACUCAAAGAACUUUAUAAAGCUACUGGUGGACCAUUUGGAUCUGUAGGUGUCGAUGUGGAGUUUGAGAAACUUCUAAUCGGGAUAUUCGGCCAAGAAUUUAUCCAGCAGUUCAAGUACAAAAGACCAGCAGGUUAUGUUGACCUUAUGAUUGCGUUCGAGUCACGGAAACGUGCAGCCACGCCAUACAAACUGAACCCACUUAAUGUCUCCCUACCUUUCUCAUUUAUCGACUACUACAAGAAAUACAAGUCUGGCAGAUUGAGUACAAAACAAUUUGGAAGCCAAGUUGAAUCUGCCAUCAGAAAGUAUGGAGACAAAGAUAUCCGUUGGUCAUCACAAGGAAUGUUGCGUUUAAGUCCUGACGCUAUGAAGAAACUGUUCCUUCCAACACUGGAACGAAUCAAGCAAGCAAUCGGCAAUGUCCUCAAUCAUCCAGACUGCAAAGAUAUCCGCUACAUGUUCCUAGUAGGAGGGUUUGCAGAGUCUCCUUUGCUACAAUAUGAACUCAAACAUGAGUUCGAGCAUCUGCUGAAAAUCAUCAUACCCCAGGAUGUAGGCCUCACCAUUUUGAAAGGUGCUGUAUUGUUUGGGAUGGAUCCUGGUGUCGUGUCAGUUCGUCGUUCACGUAUGACAUAUGGCGUAGGGGUACUUAACCGCUUCAACAAAGACAAGCACCCGAAGGACAAGAAAAUCAGCAAAGAUGGAACCGAUUGGUGCACGGAUGUGUUUGAUAAAUUUGUUAAAUGCGACCAAUCAGUGGGUUUGGGUGAUACGGUCCUGCGAUGUUACACCCCAGCGAAACCUGGCCAAAAAUCUAGCGUGAUAAACAUCUAUAGCACAGACAAGGACAAUGUUAAAUUCAUCACAGACCCUAGUGUUAAAAAAUGUGGCACCUUAGUGCUUGAUUUAGAAGAGGAUCAGUAUGCCACAUUGCCAAGAAGACGGGAAAUCCAAACAAGGAUGAUAUUUGGUGGUACUGAAAUCAAGGUCAGCGCACUUGAUGUUGCCACAGGAAAAUGCGUGAAAUCUUCUAUUGACUUUUUGAACAAGCAAAACUAGCCUUGGGCGAUAAUUGACAUUGUUCAAUUCAAGAUUCAACACUGCCAUAAAGCUAUGUUGUCGAUCAAGAAAUUAAUAUAUUCUGAAUUUGUAGAUACAGCCUGUAUAGAAGUUUUUCAUUAGGAAACUUGUUCAUAGAAGUGUUUUUGUACAAAUUAGUUCUGACUUCUAACUAGGUUAUUACAUCACCACCAAAAAUGGUGACAUAUUGUUACGGUCUCCAUUUUUUUGUGACAGCGGUUGGCAUCCGGCAUCUGUAACAAAUGGCAAGUAGUGACAUUUUGCAUGUUAAUACCUUGU